GCUUUUACGAAACGCAUCUGAUUUGUCCUCUUCGGCUUGCCGUAGCGAGAGUUCUGGAAAAUGGCGGAGAAGAAAAUAGCAGUGCGUUCUCAGGACCCGAGCCAGCGGCGCGUGCUGGAUGUAGCGACUCGGCAGCGGAGGCUCACGCGGCAGCUCGAGGAGCUCGAGAAGGACAACUUCCAGGUCGACCCGCACGCGAGCCUCCCGCCGCCGGUGAAGCGCCUGCCGCAUUUCGACGAGAGUGACGAACCCGGUACAGACGCGUUCACACUGCUCCGGUUCUGCCUCUUAAUAUGAUUAUAAAAACACGUUCCCAGCGCGUGCUUCCGUUUUUACAGUUUUAUGCCUUUUCGCGCCUGAUCCUGACCUACAGCUCAUGUUGGAGUAGGGCUGUUGCGGUUUCUUAUGAUAACCUAGUCUUAAAAAAUAUCACGGUUUUACGGUAUCGUGGUAAAGAUGAUUUAAAAACUCCGUAUCGUACACAAAGUUUCUAGUGGAACAGAGCGUUCUGGACCAAAUUCCUUCGUAAGAGUGCUUCUGAUUUAAAAAAAAUCAGUAAUGAUGUGAUAAUACAAACACUGAUGUGUCGUCAAAACAUAAUAAACUUGGCUAGUUUUUGGCUCUUACUUGAUCAUCUAAAUCAGGGGUGGGCAAACUUUUUGAAUCGCGGGCCACAAUGGGUUCUAAAAUUUGACCGAGGGGCCGGGCCAGGAACAGGCAGAUGGAGUGUUUGUGUGAACUAAUGUAAAUGACAUGUAAAAGGCAUUACAUCAAAGGAUUUGGCCUUUAACAGGUAGCAAAGCAUGAAUAUGCAAGGCUCAUUGUACCAAUUGUUUUCCAAAUGCAUUAAUUUCAUAACACAUUCAAGUCUAGUAGAUAUUUGUCUAUGUCAUCAUCCACUUCUGCUCUAGCAGUGUGUUUACUUAGGAGUUCACUCAGGGCAUUUAUAUCUGAUUUACCUCCACGGAUUCCUCGCAGGACGGACCCUAGUUUUGUCAUGAAAUCUCACUUGUACUCAAAACAGACUUUCUGAAAAUCCUGAACUUGCUUGUGAAAUGUGCUGAAGGAUUUUGCCACUGUAUCUUGCAACAGGUCACCACAUUUCAUCUCCAUGAUAUUUAAAGCCUCGAUUACUGACUCCACAUCUCUAAUGAGAACACGAGUGAUGUUUCUUUGAAGUUUGGCUGCUCUUGAGUUCAGUUUGACCAGAGGGAAAAGCCACACUUUAACUGGAACUGCAUGUUCUCCGUUCUGUACAAGCAUCUUUGGAAGAUCAGUGUAAACCAUCACAGCAUCUUCAAAGGUUGAUGGAUUCGAGGGCAACAUGAAAUCACCAUAAAAUGUACAACAAAAUUUUUCCACUGUAGCCUUCUCAUUUUCAUUCGGGUCUAGUUCUACCUGUGCCUCAGCAGAAGAAAGCAUCUGCAGUUUAUCAAGGGCAAUCUUAAGUUCUCCCUGUAAAUUCAUUUUAUCCUCAGAUAAAUUCACCUCUCUAUCAAACACAAAGUAGGCAUCUGCUCCGUAUAGCACUGCUGUAUCCACGUGUGUUGCUACAUCAUGAUCAAACACACUACAGUGAUCCAAUUUUCCUUGUGUCGAGUGAUUCAUGUUCAGCUGCUCGAACUUGGUGUUAACUCUGUAGUGCAGCGUCAACCUCUCUUGUCUGAAGUUGUAACUGCAAACUCGGUGUUAAUUUGAGAACUAACAUGAACAAACAGGAGUACCCGAUCUCCAGGCUGAAACUCGCGAGGCUGCGCUGGACGGUUGUACACUCGUUUCUGUUCCUCCUGGGUGGCUCUCAUAUGUUCCUGGACAAUUGGGACAUUGACCCUAGGUGUGUGUGAGUGUAUGUGUGCAAGUAUGAGUGUGAGUAUGUGUGGUGCCUUUGUAGUGAGGUAGCACGCCAUUCAAUGUUUAUUCUUGCACUGUGCCCAGUGUUUUCAGAGAAUACUCUGGAUCCACUGAGAUAGUCAUCUUCACUUUUGUUUUGUUUUAUUUCUAUAGUGACACGUCUAAAUUUACAGUCGAAAAAAGUCUCUGAUAAAUUUUCAAAAACGUCUUCACAUUUGCCUCUCUUUUUGUUUGUUUUAAUUUACAACUAGACUAUAUUAGGCCACUUCUCAUGACCUGAGGAGGGUGUCGGUAUAGUCACCACUGGAAAAAUUCAUUUAUAUAGUCAUAACCACAUGCUAGAUAUCUACAAAAUCAGAUUUAUUUCUGUAUGUAAAUUACAAUAUUUCAAAGAUUUUAACUGCUUAUAUGAAACAUUGUAGUAUUGACAACAAGUCAUAUGCAUGGCUACAGGCACGAAUCGAUGAUUUAACCUCUGAUUAUAAAGGCAGACUUGCCAGUCAAAUACCACCUGUACAUUCUAAACGGGACCUGCUUGGAAAUAUAGCAGGCCUCUUUGGCUCAGUUAAUUCCAUAGCCUACACCUACAAGAUAAACAGUCAAUCACAGUUUUCAACAUGGUUGUCUAACCACUGGUUUCCAACGCAUCACAAAUAUCAUGAAAGCGGUCAGAUCUGAGGCGCAGGCGCUUCUACUGAUCCGUCAUGCAUUGUUCAAUCAGACCCUUACCAUCGAGCGUGACUUCGCCUGCAGAUGAUAUUCAUAAGAUUUGAUUGUUGCUGCAAGACAAAAGAUUUUAGGUCUCCGCCUGUGUAAGGCACCCAGGUAUGUUCUAAAUUAUCUUAUGGAAAUUUUAGAUCUGUGCAGGUGGCUUGCAUCAGAUAAAAUGAAAGACAUUAAUUAUUCUGGAUUGCUAUCCACUGUCAUUAUGUAUACUGGUGACGAAUGUUCCAGAUGCUUGGAUUCUUUGCCACUUUCCUGUUAAUCCACACAGAGCAAGUCUUUCCAAACUCCACUACUAAACGCCCUAUUGGCGUGGUGGUGAAAGAUCAGGUAGUAAAAUGGGAUCACCUUACUGGAUACAUGACCAUAAAGGGUACUGAGACCUUGUUUACCUGUCGCACUUGUUGUCAUGAAACACAUAACUAUGUUGUCUGUACAUGUAACACAUUACGACCUUUUUCUCCCAAUGACACUAAGCUCAUAAAUGUUCAGUCACUGCAUGGCCAUUCUGCUGCAACCCAGGUGUCACAUACCCAAGGUGUUACACAUCUUUAUAUAUUCAACUCUGUAUUCAUCUGUACAUACAUUGAGGUGUCUAUAGUGUACAUAUUACCAUCAUUAUUUUUGUACUACUCUAAUUAUUAUUUUUCUAUUCCUUGUGUGUGUGUGUGUGUGUGUGUGUAUGUAUGUAUAUAUAUGUAUAUGUAUAUAUGUGUAUGUGUGUGUAUAUAAUGUGUGUGUGUAUAUAUGUAUAUAAUAUAAUAUAUAUAAUAUUUAGGUAUUAUUUAUAAUAAUUAUUUAUAUUUAUAAUAUUUAAUGUGUAUUCUGUGCUAUCUGUUUUUUUGUAUAAUUUAGCUACUGUAACGAGGGAAUUUCCCCAGUGUGGGAUCAAUAAAUAUGUUAUCUUAUCUUA